GGCCCCCCCAGCAGGGAGCGAUCCUUGGACCCGGGGCCGCGCCGAGCCGAGCCAAGCCGAGCCAUGGCGGUGCCGGGGCAGAACGUGGCCGUGGUGGUUCACCGAGCCGGGGACCUGCGCCUGGAAAACCGUCCAAUCCCAGAGCCAGGCCCUGAUGAGGUGCUGCUGCGCAUGCAUUCCGUGGGGAUCUGCGGCUCCGACGUUCACUACUGGCAGCACGGCCGCAUCGGGGAUUUUGUUGUCAAGGAUCCCAUGGUGCUGGGACACGAAGCUUCCGGGACUGUCGUGAAAGUAGGCUCUGGGGUGACUCAUCUGAAACCAGGUGACCGUGUGGCCAUCGAGCCGGGUGUGCCGAGGGAGAUGGAUGAAUUCUGCAAAUCUGGGCGCUACAACCUGUCCCCAACCAUCUUCUUCUGCGCCACGCCGCCCGACGACGGCAACCUGUGCCGCUACUACAAGCACAGCGCGAGCUACUGUUACAAGCUCCCAGACAAUGUCACCUUUGAGGAAGGAGCCCUCAUCGAGCCCCUCUCUGUGGGAAUCCACGCCUGCAAAAGAGCAGGAGUCACUCUGGGGAGCAAAGUCUUCGUGUCUGGCUCUGGACCAAUUGGCCUCGUUAAUGUGAUUGUUGCUAAGAUGAUGGGUGCAGCAGCUGUGGUAGUUACAGACUUAUCUGCCUCUCGCCUGCAGAAAGCCAAGGAGGUGGGGGCAGAUUUCACCAUCCAGGUGCAGAAAGAGACCCCUCAGGAGGUGGCCUCCAAAGUGGAAAGUGUGCUUGGCUGCAUGCCUGAGAUAACUGUGGAGUGCACAGGAGUGCAAGCCUGUAUCCAGGCUGGAAUUUAUGCCACUCGUUCUGGUGGGACCCUGGUUCUGGUGGGGCUGGGCCCUCAGAUGGUGACGGUGCCCAUCGUGAACGCGGCCGUGCGGGAGGUGGACAUCCGCGGGAUAUUCCGCUACUGCAACACGUGGCCUGUGGCCAUCUCUCUUCUGGCAUCCAAGCGGAUCAACGUCAAGCCCUUGGUGACGCACCGCUUUCCCCUGGAGAAGGCUCUGGAGGCCUUCGAGACCACCAAGAGGGGUGAGGGGGUCAAAGUCAUGCUGAAAUGUGACCCCACUGAUCAGAACCCCUGAGCUGUCCCAGUGCCCUGCCCUCAUCCCUGCUGCUUGACUAGAAAAUCACAUCUAAUGAGGGUGAAUGGUGCUGGGAGACACCAUUAGAGCAUUAACAGGUUACUACGAAUGGACAACCAAUAGUUUGAAUCAAAAUGCUGAAUUGGAGGUGAUGGGUUGCACAGUUGGUGGCUUUUCUUCACAG